AUGUUUGAUUUUCUGCAAAUAAAUAAAUCAAAACAAUCACCAAAAACACACUCUCCACCAAAAGAAGAUGAAAAACCAACGACAGCACAACCAACUACCAAUGUAAAACCAGUAGCAGCAAAUUUAUUUCAAUCACUAAAUGUAAAGACUAACAAUAAUAAUAGUAAUUCACCCAUAAAAGUUGAAAAAGAAGUUUUAGUUGAGGAUUCACAAACUACAACAAAUGAAAUCAACGAGAACGAUCCAAAUAAAAGAGUAAUUAAAAAAGUUAAAAUAAAAUCAUUCAAGCCAGGUCAACCAUCAAAUAAUAAUAACGAUGAAUUAAACACAAACGAUAAUAGUAAUAAUAAUAACACCACCUCAACAAUUAACCCCGAUUUAUCUCAAUUAGAUACAAAUAAUAUCUAUGCUGACAAUUAUAAAAAUGAGGAUGAUUAUAAUGAUAACGAAGAAGAUAAUGAUGAUCAAUUAAAAAACAAUAUUAACAAAGAACAGCCAACUAAAAAAGAAAAUUUAACAGAAACUACAUCAUUGACAAACACAACUACAACUACAACAACAACAACAACAACAAAAACAGCAAUUGAAACUGAUACAAAUAAAAAAGAUGAAAUUAAAGAAGAGAAUAUUACAACUACUGAAUUACAACCAAAAGACCCACCUUCAAUUUUAGAUUGUUUAAUUGAUGAGUUAAAAAAUUCUCAAUAUAGAUUUUAUGAAAAAUUAACAAAUAUUGAAAAUGAUUAUAAACAAUCAUUAGAAAAUAGAAAGAAAUCAAAUCAAUUACUUUUAAAUAAUAUUAAUUUAUUAAAAGAAUAUGAAGAAAAAGAGAAUCAAUUAGUAGAGAAUGAAGAUUAUGAAGGUGCAUCAAAGGUAUCAGAUGAUAUUAAUUCAAUUCAAAAAGAUAAUGAACAAAUAAUGAAUGAUUUAAUUAAAUUGAUAAAGAAUAAUCAAGAACAAGAUCAAAUCUUUGAAGAAUUAUUAAUAACCUAUCAAGAAUCAACCGAUGAAAAUCAAAUUAAAUUAUUAGAUAUUAAAUCUAAAGAGGAUGAAAACAUAAAUAAAUAUCAAGAACAAGUUAAAGAAACUAUUAAAUCCAUAAAGGAUGAAAUUGAAAUUAAACAGGAAUCAAUCGAUAGGGAAACUAAAUAUUUGUUAUUAGAUAAAGAGAUAUUGGAAACUAAUGAAACCUCUCUAACCAAUACAAUCAAUGAAUUGAAUAAACCAUUGAUUCAAGAGAGAGAAGGACACAUUCAAACUAAACAAUCCCUACAAGAUGAAAUUGAUAAACUUUUAUUAGAGAUUCAAUUGAAACGUGAUCAACAAUCUAAAUGUGAUCAACAUAUUAAUGAAAUCAAUGAAAAGAUCGACACUAUCUCGUCAAGUAAAUUCUCAAAGGAACAGUCUAGAUUAGAACAAGAGAGAUUAAAUAUAAAGAAAAGAGAUGACCAUAUCAUUCAACUCUCCACUGAACUAUUAGAAUUAACAAAUAAAGUUGACCAAUUAAAUAAUCCAUCCGAUCAUCCAUCUUUUCAAAUUAUCUCUAGUGUAGAUGAAACUAUUAAAGAUUGUAAAUCAUUCCUAUUGGAAACUACCUCAACUUUGGAUAAUAUAAGUUUACAACAAAAACAAAUACAUAAACUCUACAAAGAUAUCUUACAAUCAGCAGAUUCUCACAAAAGAAUGCAAUCAAAAUUGACAACUCUUACUCAAUCAAUUCAAGAAUUAACAAUUGAAACUAAUUCACAUUCUUCCCAAAAGAUUCAAUUAAAGAAAUCCAUUUCCGAGUUGGAAGAUACAAUACCACUUUUAGAACAAUCUAAAAACAUUGCCAAAGAUUCUAAAAGAUUCACUGAAGCAGCUUCAUUAUUAUCAGAAUUAAAACAAAAACAACAACUCUUAAUUGAAAAGAAUAAACAAUUACAAGAAAUCUCUGAUCAAUUGGAUUUAAACACUACAAAAUUAGAUUCCCUUCAAAAAGAACACACUCAAUACAAAGAAAUCACAGAAAAACAAAACUCCACAAACUAUUUAAAUCUUUUAGAAAAUUUACAAAAAAGACAAUUAGAAUUACAAUCAUUAAUUGAUGACGAUAAAAACUGUUUAGAUAAAUUAAAACAAUUUUAUAAAUUAGAAUUUGAUUCAAAUUCAUUUGAAAUAAGUUUUAUAAAAUUAAAAUUAAAUAAAUAA